GCUUUCAUCCACAGCGGGGUUCACACACACACACACACACACACACACACACACACACACACACACACACACACACACACAGGCCCUCCAAGGAGAAAGUACUGGACCUUGCCAAGAAGACAAAGGAGAGCGAGAGAGAGCGAGCGUGCGUGUGUUUUCAGCGACAAAAAGAGGGGAGCGCAGAUACUGGGGAGCUUUCUUUUUUUUAAAUUCCACAUUUUUUAUGAUUCUCGGAUCAUAAACACUUCAGGAGUUGCUCAUAUAAACAUGCACUUACGAGGAUUUUCUCUUUUACUGGCAUACCUUCUCAACACCACCCUCGGCAGCGCAUUGAGUCACAACGACUAUUAUGAAUACUACGAGCAGGAGCAGCUGGAUGAGCCGGACACUUCACCAACGCCAGACUUGGAACAGAGUUUGCGUUCAGCCUCCAGUGUAGAUGAGCUGAUGAGUCUCAUUUAUCCUUCAUACUGGGCUGCUGUGAAGUGUAAAUCCAAACUUUCUGCUGCUGCAUCUUCAUCCUCCAAACUCUCCCAGCAGUCACAGGUCCGUCAGCUCAGGCCACUGGGUGAUACAGAAGAGCCAACAUUUGCUGCUGCCUACCUCAACUUGGAUAUCCUGAAAAGUAUAGAGUCAGAAUGGAGGAAGACUCAGUGUGCUCCCAGAGAAGUGUGUAUUGAUGUGGGGAGAGAGUUUGGUGCUCCUACCAACGUCUUCUAUAAGCCACCAUGUGUGUCCGUCUACAGAUGUGGAGGAUGCUGCCACUCUGAGGACAAACAAUGCAGGAAUAUCUCCACUGGUUACCUCAGCAAAAAUCUGUUUGAGAUCAGAGUGCCAAUCACCCAAGGGACGAAACCAGUGACCAUCAGUGUGGCCAACCACACCCAGUGCAGCUGUCUCUCCAAACUGGAUAUCUACAAGCAAGUUCACAGCAUCAUCAGAAGAGCAUUGCCUGAGUGUCCAUUAGCCAACAGGACGUGUCCUCUUGGUCAGACCUGGAGCAACAGGCAAUGUAGGUGCAUCAGUAUCACUGCCAGUAUGCAUGUCAAUCCUCUUCCUCCACUAGUGUUCCCUACAAAGCCCUCCCAGCAGCACACUGACAUAUUCUCAGCAGAUUUAUGUGGCCCCAAUAAGAAACUGGACGUGGAAAGUUGUCAGUGUGUGUGCCACCAAACUCAAGACUGUGGUCCUAACCAUCACUUGAAUCGCAAUACCUGCCAGUGUGUUUGCAACUUGCCACCUAGCCUAUCCUGCCCACAGAACCAUGUAUUCAACAAGGAGACCUGUCAGUGCACAUGCAGCAAGACAUGCCCAAGACAUCAGCCUCUCAACAAGGCAAAGUGCUCCUGUGAAUGCAAUGAGUCGCCAAAUAAGUGCUUCCUGAAAGGAAGGAGGUUCCACCAAGCCACAUGCAGUUGCCUCAGGCCUUCCUGUGAAGUAAGAAGGCGAAGGUGUGAACCAGGUUUCUUCUUCAGCGAUGAAGUAUGUCGCUGUGUUCCAUCCCACUGGAGAAGGCUAGACUAACCUCCAUGCUAUGGGACAUUAACAAGAUUAUAUUAAACUUAAAAAAAAAACAAUUUAUCACCCAUUCUCCUCAGAUCUGCUGGUCAUAAGUAUCCCUAUUAGAUGUGGGGGCAGCUAUGUGUGUGGGCCCUAAAAAAUGUGGGGAAACCUUAGUGAUUAGGAUGGAGAUAUGGGAAACUGAUGAGUUGAAGGUGAUAAAUGCACUGAUUUUGAUAUAAAGAUAUUUUUAUGGGAGACUGAUCUGAGAUGAACAUUGGAAGGAAGGACACUUUUUCUAAGAUACUAAGUAAUUUCUUUUAAAAUAUUUGAGGGGUUUUUGUAUCAAUUAUGUCGCAGUAUUCUUAUGUCAGAUAUUGAUUAUAUAAUUUAUUAAAGGUUAUUUUUCAACUUUCUUGCAAUUUCUGUAUUUUUCAUA